AUGGGCAACGCUAAAUCGAUAGCCAAUUCAAUUAUCUUCCCAGCCCCGCAAGCAUCGUAUGACCACAAUCUCCCGGACUUGAUUUGGAUACCGAAGCGAUUCGCCGGUAAAUAUUCAAACGGUGAUAAGAUAUCCUCUGGUUCCUUCCCCGCCCUGUACAUUAGAUCCCCGAGGCCUUCGAGCUUAUUCUUCAUUUAUCUUCACGCAAACUGCUGCGACGUUGGACUAAUAAAGCCUGAGUUGUAUGACAUAUCUGAGGGCGUCAACGCCUCGAUAAUAGCCGUGGAGUACCCUGGCUAUGGAAUAUCUCCAGAGAUUAACGUCGCGACCGGGCCUUCGAUUGACCUGCGAGUGAUUGCAACCUUUUACUUCCUACUCUCACUUGGGAUUCAGCCCAGCUCAAUAGUUUUCUUCGGCCGCUCCAUAGGGACAGGGCCUGCUGCUUGCAUCGCUUCACAUUUUUCCAAAAAGGGCAUAGAGUGCGGAGGCGUCAUUCUACAAGCGCCGUACGUGUCUAUACACAAGAUAGUACAAGCUACCAGUAUUAGUAUUUAUACCGAUAGUAAUAUUGAUACCAGUGUUAGUAUUGAUAGUGAUAAUGUUAACAGUGUUGAUACAAUAAGAGCAGAUACAGCAUAUUUGGUGCCAUUGUACCUUCACACACAUAAUUCAGAGUAUUUCCCGUUGGGGUCGUGGCUUGUGGAUAACUUUUGGGACACUGAGAAGUCGCUGAGGGAGAUUAACACGAACAUCCCUGUGCUCAUUAUACACGGCCUGCUCGAUGAAAUCGUCCCAGUCGGUCAUGGAAAAAAAUUGUACGAAUCGUGCACGUCAGAAUUCAAAAUGGCGGAUUUUCAACCUAAAUCGAAGCACAAUUACUACUCAAUCAAGGAGGACCUCGUUGAGCCCAUUAAGAAGUUCGUGGAGCAGUACAGCAUAUCGACAAACAACCCAGUGGUGGAAGUGUCGCUGCCAAACUGGUGCUACUUUAACUCUAAGCACAUGUUGAAGAAGAAGUCGAUAACUUCAAACUCGUCCCAUAACACACUCAGCUCGUCCAGAACCCUAAGCCUGCAGCCGUCACGAAGCCUAUCAAUCAGAACAGGCAGUCAAGUUCCAACUUCGCGGUCGAACAUAACGUCUUCACCACUGAACGACGCCGCAGCCUCAGUCACUGAAAACGAGGAGUUGAACGAGGCUGACCUCGGAACCAGUGUAAAUCGCAAUAUUUGUUACAACAACUUCUCGUCGUCCCUCGAGGGACAUCUCGGACAUAGUAAACGAGGCAAUAACUCGAAACAAUAA